AUGUGCGAGGGGAGGCGGCCGGCGGACGCGAGCCGGGCGCGGUGGGCGGCGGCGGCGGAGCUGCGGCGGAGGGAGGCGGCGGCCGACGCGCAGCUGGCGGCGGCGCGGGCGCGCCUGGCCGAGGCGCUGGCGGAGCUGGAGCGGGCGCGGGCGCGCGCCGCCGAGCUGCAGCGGCGCCUCGAGCAGACCUACGGCAAGCGCCGCCGACUCGUCGAGGAGGCCCAAGGCCGGAGCCACGAGAUCCGCGCGCACCUCCGCCACUACCAGGACCGGGAUCGGGAGCAGGAGGAGCAGCAGCCUCCCGCCGGCGGCACUCCCUCCUCGUCCUCGUCCUCGCCCUCGUAG